AUGUCUAUACAUUUUGGGUGUCUUUUGCCGGCAUCCUUAUUCCGCGAAGUACUUUCUGUACUGUUUUUUUAUAUUUAUUUCUGUCUAUGUCUGUUUGUUAAUAUCUGUCGUCUGCCUUCAUCUAUCUAUAUUUUCGACCUCUCUUCUUUUACCUUACCUAUUUUUUCUUGUUUGCUUCUUUCUAUUCCUCCUUUGUUACUCAUUCUGCUUUAUUCUUUUACUCUUUCCACAAUCAUUUCUGCCUUGUUUUGUUCUUUCUUCCUACUUUCGUUUACAUAUUACUUCAUUCGUAAUUAUACUUUUAUCUUCGUUUUUCGGCCCGAUUUCAUUCCUCAUUUUAUAAGCUCACACUUUCUUUCAACUCUGAAUAUCGUUUCUCCCUUCGACUUUCCCCACUCACGCACAUUCUUUACUCUUUUUUUCUCUCCUUCGUUACGCUUGUCUUUUGUUUUGUCUUUUUUUUUGGCUUUUCUUUAUUGCUCUCUCCCCUCUCUUUCUCCUUCGUUUUGUGUUACCUUUUCUUUCUUUCUUUCUUUCUUUUUCUUUCUUUCUUUCUUCCAGUCUAUCCAUUUCGAAAUCUAUCUAUCUAUCUAUCUAUCUAUCUAUCUAAUAUAUAUAUAUAUAUAUAUUGUUUUUUUUUUGCAUUUCUUUAUUGCUCUCUCCCCUCUGUUUCUCCUUCGUUUUGUGUUACCUUUUUUUCUUUCUUUCUUUUCUUUCUUUCUUUCUUUCUUUCUUUCUUUCUUUCAGUCUAUCCAUUUUUAUCCAUUUCUCUAUCUAUCUAUCUAUCUAUCUAUCUAUCUAUCUAUCUAUCUAUAUAAUAUAUAUAUAUAUAUAUAUUUUUUUUUUUGCAUUUCUUUAUUGCUCUCUCCCCUCUCUUUCUCCUUUUUUGUUUUGUGUUUUCUUUUUUCUUUCUUUCUUUCUUUCUUUCUUUCUUUUCUUUCUUUCUUUCUUCCAGUCUAUCCAUUUCUAUAUCUAUCCAUCGAUCUAUCUAUCUAUCUAUCUAUCUAUCUAUCUAUCUAUCUAUAUAUAUAUAUAUAUAUAUAUAUAUAUAUAUAUAUAUGCCUGUUCUGUUUUAUAUCUAUUUAUAUAUUUAUCGAAACAAGUUUCUUUAUACAAAUUCUCUGUUGCAUCCUUUACGAUUUGCUGUUUGUUCCACCCGUUUUUGGCUUUUCUCUCUUCAAACUUUUCCUUUCGAUUCUAUUUUCUUUCUUUCUUUCUUUCUUUUUUCUUUCUUUUUUUUUUUUUUCUUUCUUUAAUCUUUCUUUUUUCUUUCUUUCUUUCUUUCUUUUUUCUUUCUGUUUUCUUUUUACUUUCUUUUUCUUUUUCUUUCUUUCUUUCUUUCUUUUUUCUUUCUUUCUUUCUUUUUUCUUUCUUUCUUUCUUUUUUCUUUCUUUCUUUCUUUCUUUUUACUUUCUUUCUGUUUUCUUUUUACUUUCUUUUUUCUUUUUCUUUCUUUAUUUCUUUCUUCUUUCUUUCUUUUUUCUUUCUUUCUUUUUAUUUCUUUCUUUUUACUUUCUUUCUUUUUUCUUUCUUUCUUUCUUUCUUUACUCUUGUCCGAUUUCAUCCUUUUCCUUCCAUUUUACUGAAUAUCCCUCCCCAAAACGCCUUCUUUUCCCCCUACCAUUGCUUCUAUCUGCUAUUAACCACAGUAUCGUCCAGGCCUUUUUCAUCACGUCCCAUCGACGGAGAAUCACCUUCAUUAGAUUAAAUCUCAAACUGCAUUCUUCCCAUCAGCGAGCCAAACCGCCAGCCGUGCGUUCGCCCCCGACCAGCGUGGCAAGAAGAUAG